AAAGAUUAAAUUUAAAUGGAAAUCUACAUGGUGUAGAUAACAUUAGGCCUUAUUUAUAUCUAGUAGCUAUACUUUAAAUUAAUUACAUCCCAUAACUAAAAGGUGUAUAUCAAUUACUGUACAUAACUAAAACAUUUAAACACGGUUAAAAUAAAAAACCAACCGCAACAUAAGGCUUGUAUUCAUAUUUUCCCCUCAUCAACCCAUUUUCUCUCUCAUUGUCUCUCAAUCUCUUCCGAUUUUUUCUCCAUUAUAUCUAUACACGAUCCUCCACCGAUUCCAUUACCUAAAUUCUUGCUGCGCAUUUCUAGGUAAGUUAUUUAGGAGUUUUUUUUACAAAUUUUUGUUUAUUUUGUUAAAUAUAUUCUUCCAAUUAUUUGAUUUUACGCCAUUGUUAGGGUUUCCGCCAUUGUUAGGGUUUCUACUACAUGUUGCUUUGAUUUUUUGGUGUAAUGGCGGAGAAAAGCACUCCAUGCAGAGUUACUAGAGGCUCUGUUGCUAGAAUGGAUGCUGAGAGUAGUAUUAAGAGGCGCCAUGACCCGGUAAGUAUGGAAACAAUGGUAGAUGAAGGUUCAAAAUCUACCAAACGAAAAGAUGUCAUUGAUUCAUCGAUAUACGAAGCAUCCCUACCAAGUAUUGAAAAGCGGAGAAAAGUUAUCGAUGGUUCUUCGGUUAGCAAGGGAAAAAAUGUUGUUGAAGAUGUUCCUUCAAAAGCGGGGAGAGAAUUUGCAAUAAUAGCUGGUUUGAAGUGUGUUGGUGAUGAAGAUGCUUUUAAAGUUAACCGCAAGGGUAAAAUCAAGAUUUUGGAGACAUAUUUUGGUGGUUCUAAGAAAAUGCCUUCAAAGGCAGAUUUGAUUGAAUGCUUCACAGAUAAAAAUUGGGGCCUCAAUGAUGUUGAUGCCGUUAAGAUUCGUCCUCUAUUUCAUUCAUACCUAUAUCUUGUCCAAUGA